AACAACCCAAUCAAAUGACAACCAACAUCGACACUCUAUGGCUUUUUGCCCUCUCCUCUAAAUGCACUACCAUCAAUUUUUUCUUCAUUUUUGCUCUUGCCUGUUUCAUUAACUUAUUCUUCCAAUGGUCCAAACACAAAUCUACCAUCCCCGGUCCCAGAGGCUUCCCUUUCAUUGGCAGCAUGCACCUCAUGUCUGGCCUCGCUCACCGUAAGAUCGCCACCGCUGCACAGUCCUGCCGUGCCAACCGCUUAAUGGCCUUUAGCUUGGGCGAAACGCGUGUGAUCGUCACUUGCAACCCUGACGUCGCCAAGGAUAUCCUUAACAGCCCUGCUUUUGCCGACCGUCCUAUCAAGGAGUCUGCGUACAGCUUGAUGUUCAACCGAGGCAUUGGGUUCGCGCCUUAUGGCGUUUACUGGCGGACGUUACGAAGGAUUGCAGCCACGCAUCUCUUUUGUCCGAAACAAAUCAAAGUCUCUGAAGAGCAGAGGAUGGUGAUUUGUUAUCAGAUGGUGGAGAUGUUUCAUCAUAAACAGCAGCAAAGAGGACCGAACUCUGUAUGUGUUCGCGAAUUGCUCAAGCGAGCUUCUCUCAGUAACAUGAUGUGCUCUGUGUUUGGAAGACGAUACCGACUGGAUUCAAAUGAUGUCGAGUCCGUGGAGAUGAGAGAGCUUGUGGAUGAAGGAUAUGAGCUUUUGGGUAUGCUCAACUGGACAGAUCACCUUCCAUGGUUGGCUGAUUUUGAUUUGCAAGGGAUUCGUUCCAGGUGCUCCAAACUCGUUCCCAAAGUAAACCGGUUUGUCAAACAGAUCAUUGACGAACACCGAGGUCAACUGGUUCCACUCAACGGUGACUUCACCGACGUCUUGUUAUCACUUGAAGGAUCCGAUAUAUUAUCUGAAUCGGAUAUGAUCGCGGUACUCUGGGAAAUGAUAUUCAGAGGCACCGACACGGUAGCAGUGCUGAUGGAAUGGAUCCUCGCAAGGUUGGUGCUUCAUCUGGAUGUUCAAUCAAAGCUCCAAGACGAGCUUCGGAGGGUCGUCGGGAGGUCACGUGUGGUGACCGAAUCUGACGUCACCCAUUUGGUGUAUCUUCAGGCGGUGGUGAAAGAAGUUCUGAGGCUACACCCACCAGGCCCACUUCUUUCGUGGGCUCGUCUAGCCAUCAAGGACACCACCAUCGACGGUCAUGACGUAGCAGCAGGGACUACGGCUAUGGUUAACAUGUGGGCCAUCUGCCGGGACCCACAAAUCUGGAAAGAGCCCUUACAGUUUCGACCAGAAAGGUUUAUAAUUGAGGCGGAAGGAUUGAUGAAUACGUCGGUGAUGGGAUCUGAUUUAAGGCUGGCGCCGUUUGGAUCGGGUAGGCGAAGUUGUCCGGGGAAGAGUCUUGGGAUGACGACGGUUACCUUUUGGGUGGCUUCCCUGUUGCAGGAGUUUGAGUUUGGGAGGAGUGAAUGUGAUGGAUACAACGUUGACUUGUCAGAGGUAUUGAAGCUUUCUUGUGAAAUGGCGAACCCGCUUACACUCACCUUGCGACCGAGUCCCAGUAGACCUAUCCCUGCUGCUUCCUCCAGACGUUAAGAAAAUACACAAUUAAAAAAAAAAAAAAGACUUGACUCGGUGGCUAUUAUUAUCGAUCG